GCAGCCGCGAGGAGAGGAGGAUGCCUCCCCGCUCUUCGGGACCCGGAUCCUCGUGGGUCCGGAGUGAAGGAGGGGAAAAGGGGAAGCAAGAAUGGAGGAGCAAUGGAGCAGCAGGUGUCUCGGGAAUCUGGAGAUGAGCAGUGGUAGUAAUAGUCGUAGUAGUCGUAGGGAAGACUGCCAGCCUGCUAUUUCUUCCACUCCGUGACUUCGAAGUUCUUCUCGUUUGUUUCUUUCCCUUUGCUGGCUUCCUCGCCGCUUGGAAUGGAACUGGACCGGGGCAGCUGCUGAUUCCAUAGUCCCCCACCUCCCACGCGCUGUCUGGGAAUCUGGGAAGCAUCAGAGCUGCGACAGGCAGGCAGGAAAAGCAGGGCAGGGCAGGGGAGGGCUGAUUGUGGAUAACGCCCCUCGGUUAGUCUUGGAACCUCCGCGGCACUACCUCUGCUCUCUCCUCCCAUUUUAGUGCCACUUGCAUUCGCGUGUUGCGAUUGGAGGUGAGUGGGAUUCGGGUGCGAUGCAGGCCACCGUGGGGUACUGCUGUCCUCCCGGUGUUAAUUUGUGGGGGGUGGCGCGCAACUUGAGCUCCGCCUCGCAUGCUGGGAGAAUCCGUCGCCUGGGCGCGGUACCGACCGCUUUGGGGUGCUAUUCGUCACGUGGCACCUUGCGUCUGCGCUUCGGUGGGUGCAGACAUAGCGCGCGAAUUCGAAGCAGGGGCGCCGUACCUGUCAUUGUGGGGUGCAUUCCGGAGGAUGGGUUGUUUCUUGGCUUCGAUAGUUCCACGCAAUCACUCAAGGCCACUGUUAUUGAUACCCAGUUGCGCUUGUAUUCAACUGCGAAGGUGCAUUACGACACCGAUCUUUCGCAUUAUGGCACCAAGGAUGGUGUUCAUCGAGACCCUCACGUCAAAGGACGUACCACUGGCCCCGUCCUCAUGUGGGUUGAAGCACUUGACCGCAUACUGGCUAAACUGGCGGAGGAGGAUUUUCCCUUUCAUAAAAUUAUCGCCAUUUCUGGAAGUGCUCAACAGCAUGGCAGUGUCUACUGGGCCAAAGGGGCCCGAACUUCACAUCUGAAGAAUUUGAAUCCUUCUGAGAGUUUAGUUGCGCAACUUCAAAAUGCUUUUGCAACAAAGGAUUCACCAAUGUGGAUGGACAGUACCACCUCAAAACAGUGCUCUGCAAUAGAGGAAGCUCUUGGCGGUGCUGCUCACGUCACUGCCUUAACAGGUUCUCGAUCUCUAGAAAGAUAUACGGGGCCACAAAUCCGAAAGAUAUAUGAAACACAGGCAGACAUAUAUCAUGAAACAGAAAGAGUGUCUUUAAUCAGCUCUUUCAUGGCAUCAUUACUGGUGGGUGACUAUGUGGCUAUUGAUCACAGUGAUGCUGCUGGUAUGACCCUUAUGGACCUACAUCAACGUACUUGGUCUCCAGAUGCAUUGAACGCAACAGCACCUCGGUUGGAAGAAAAGCUUGGGCCCUUGGCGGUCCCACAUUCAGUCGCUGGACUGCUGCAUCCUUACUAUGUGGACCGCUACAAGUUUAGUUCAAGCUGUCAAGUUGUUCAUUGGUCCGGAGACAAUCCAUGCAGCUUGGCAGGUCUGAUUAUGACCCAUCCUGGUGACAUUGCGAUAAGCUUGGGUACUGGUGACACAGUGUUUGGCGUGACCAACGACCCUUAUCCGGGUUUGGAUGGACAUGUGUUUCCCAACCCUGUUGAUCCAAGUAGUUACGUGGCUAUGCUAGUUCACAAAAAUGGAUCACUUUCCAGAGAAGAGAUACGAGAUCAAUAUGCCGAUGGGUCGUGGGAGAGGUUCAACGAACUUCUAGACACAACAUCCCCUUUGAACAAUGGGAGAAUGGGGUUUUACUACAAAGAGUGGGAAAGUCUGCCUCCUCUACCAGUUGGAUACCAUCGUUAUAUUCUUGGGCAAGGCUCCAGAACCGCUUACAGCGUCCAGAAGGCUAAGAAGGUCCCACAUUUUGAUGCUGCUGCAGAGGUUCGUGCGAUCGUGGAAGGUCAAUUUGUGGCCAUGAGAGCACAUGCUGAACGUAUCGGCAUGCCGUGCCCACCCAAUCGUAUCAUUGCCACUGGUGGAGGCUCUAGAAACAAGCACCUGUUGACCUUGCUGGCGUCCGUAUUUGGGUGCGAUGUUUACACUGCACAUUGCCCAGAUUCAGCACCGCUGGGUGCAGCCAUUCGAGCAGCCCAUGGAUGGAUUUGUAAAGAGACGGAUGGUUUUGUGCCGCUGGCUUCCAUAUUGGAGCGUGCAAGCCAUGCGAGUGCGUUUAGGUGGACUCUUCUGGCGAAGAAAGGCAGUGAUGAGCUUCAUGAGCAGUAUGGAGAGUUGGCAGCGAUACGCGUGGAGAUUGAGCAGCAGCUGCUUGAUGAAGAAAACCCAUACCAGGCAGAAGCGAGAGUGGAACUUGAACAGCAGCUUUUGGAGGAGGUACAUCCACAGCAGGCAAAAGCCAGAGCAGGUCCAAUGGAGGAGGGGAUUUUGGUGGAUGCAUAUUCUCAGGCAGCAGUUCAGGAUUAGGUGUCCACAUCGGGUUUGGCACUCUGGACGGUAGAAAUUUCGCAUCUUUGGACAUUUGUAAACUGAUCGGGUUUCGGGUUCGACCGACUCUCGCUUUUUUGGAUCUCUCGAUGUUAGGCUAGCUGCGUUUGUCCAUACCCCGUGCCAUUGUAGGCUUUGGACUACCAUUCCACAAAGCCUGAAGAGAUUGUACCAAGGAAUUUGCACUUCGUUGUGUGUAAAUAGCAUUUGUGUACCGACGUUGUACUGUGUAUGCUCAGGUGGUGACUAAUGAAUGUCAACGUGUCGAUAGUUUCCGUGAACGCACUACCCUCCACAGUUAUAUGGAGAGCAUCUAGAAAUUUGGAAGAAUCAUGAGACAAACAGUGGUCAGUGUCGUAGUGAAGUAGAAUGUUGAACUGGAAGAAUUAUGGAAGACUGAGUAGAACAAAGAAUCAUACUUCCUUUCUGGUAUCUGCUUCGGUCGCUUUGUGUAAUUUUUUGAGCUAAAUGUACGUUUAGAAAUGGCCAGUAUGUGCAUAAUUUUCGAA